UCGGUGCCCAGCAGUGCCACCCGCAAAUUCCGUCCACCUGUGCCCACCAGUGCGCCCACUAGCUCCGCCCAGCAGUGCACCCACCUGUGCCACUCUGCAGUGUCACACACCUGUGCCCAGAAGUGCCACCUACCUGUGCCCAGAAGUGCCACCUACCUGUGCCCACCAGUGCCACCCACCUGUGCCCGCCCACCAGUGCCACCCACCAGUGCCGCCCAGCAGUGCUGCCAUCAGUGCCGCCAGUCAGUGCCGUCUAUCAGUACCCAUCAUCAGUGC